GAACAGAGGAGAGCAGAGAGAGAGCGAGAGAGGGAGGGAGGGCAGGCAAGAAAACUUUUCACUUGUGAGGAUCCACAGAGGAAGCGUGUGUGCGUGUUGGAGCGGCGACCAUGCAGGAGGAGCCUGGAGAGACGGUGUGCAGUGAAAGGAAUGGAGUUGCAAAGUGGCUGUGCCCGCUGUGCCAACAAGGGCAGCCUGACAGAUUUUCCUUGUCUCUACAUCUCACUGAGCAACACAGUGUACUUCCAUCGUGUGUGGACAGACUGCUGGACAUUGUGAGUUUGGCUGUUUUGAAACAGGCUGCGAGUGGAGCAGAAGAUUGCAGAGGUGUUCAGGAGACCACAGAUGCUGAAUUUUCACAACUGAUGUCCACUGAAGAAACCCAUUCAGACCCCUGCCAAUCUACAGAGUGUUCAGACGCUAGCCAGACCCUUGCUGACAAAGAGAUGGAGGAGGAAAGCAUAAUGGAACGGGAGGGAGGUGACGCUGAAGUGGUUUUAGAAGAGGAGGGAAACUUGCUCCCAGAAGCCAAACUGCAAAAUGCAACUGAAAACUCAGAAAUACCAGGCACGAGUGAAAAGUCAGUUGGUAAAAACAGCGUUCCAGCUGAAAAAAGCACCCGGUCAUUCAAAUGCAAUGCCUGCUUGGAAAGUUUCUCCAACAGGACUGCCUUGAGUGUUCAUUAUACCUCUGCAUCCCACAUUCAGAGGAUGACCUCAGGCGCUGCAAAGCAAGGUGCAGAAGGCUCUACCCAGCCUCCCUCAGUUGCGGGUCUGUCUCGCCCGUACAUAUCGAACAAACCCUACCAGUGUGCUGUGUGUCGAGUCUCCUACAAUCACGCCAUCACCCUUGAGAGCCAUAUGAAAUCUGUUUUGCAUCAGACCCGCAGCAGAAAUGCUGGCAUGGUUUCAAACGGUGCAGUACCUGCUGCCAGUUCGAGAAGUAGCAACGCCAGCGCUCCGAACUCGAUAGUUACGACCUCUGAAAGCAGAGGCAGCUCCUUGGGCACCACCAGCAACUGUGCUGCUCCUGCGACAGUGAUGGUGGGCGGCGCGAAGGAUGGAGAGCAGAUUGCAGGUUCACAAGUGGCUCCCUCCCUCCUCACGUCCCCGGUGGCCUCCGCUCAGGCAGUCUCUGCCUUUCUCACCCUCCUCACGUCAACUCCCAGCACCCUGUCGCAUUCCAUCCUCCCGUCGCUGUUCGCAGCGGGCGCCGCACCCGGUACCGCUACACCUCAGCUCGUGCCUCAGCCUCACAUGGUCAUGCCCCUGAUCUUAAAUGGGCUCCAAGCCCAAACUCAGCAGCAUCAAGACAACCAGCAAGGACAGCUCCUCACGCAGUGCGUGCCAUUCGUAGGCCUCAACCCAGCCCAGCAAGCCCUACUAACCCAAAGACUUAACAGCUUACAGAACCAGUGGCCCUCAUCGGUUGUUUCAACUCACAUGCAGCCCCCUCAGGAAGAGCAAGGGCAAGAGAGGCAGAGCAGCGACGAAAAGUCCUCGGAUCAGAUCAAGAACGGGGACAACGGGACUUCGGAGAACGCCAAGGGAGACAGACCUGAAGGAGAAACCAUUGAUGAAUCUGCACAGUGUGCAGACGGAGAAGACAAAGGGAAGGUUGACGGCAACGAGGACAAGGUGAAAGAACAUCAAGAUAGCACAACAGACGGAGAUGGCUCUACAGAUCAGUUGAAUCCGAAAGGUGAUAAAGAAAAUUGCCUGAAUCACUCCCGGGCAGGCACAGGCAAGAGCCUCCGCAAUAACAACCUCUCGCCUUCAGCAUCUGUGGCCAGCCUCAGUCCAGUGAACUUAGACCUUACACUCAGCCCUGAUUCCACCCCUCAGAAAUCUCAAUCUGGUACCACCCCUUGUGAUUCACCAAAAUCCAGCCCGAAUACCAAUGCCUUAACCACCAGCCAAACUAAUCUUCGUUGUAACGCAGCAGAGGCCAAUCAUUUAGACCUUCCUGUACUGUCAGAGUUCCAGUCCGAGGUUCUGUGGGCAUUCUUUGAGUCCCGUAGUGAGGCGGAUGCUGCAAGUCCUCCUCAUGAGGACUGUGAAGCACUAGGUAGAGAGGUGGGGCUUUCAGAGGAGGAGGUGCGGAGGUGGUUAAGCCACGCCCGCCAGACAAAGCAGAGACGGAGAGCAGAGCUGAAACACAUGGAUGGAUUUACAAGACACAGUCAAGGAUCUGAUAACGACUAUGACGACGAGGAAAACUCUCUCAUUAUCGCAGAAGGUGACGACGAUGCUGAAGCUUCAAGUAGUCAGGUCAUGGAUUUGUCUGGCACGAGAGAGAAAUGCAAGAGGAGGGACGCAGGAAAAGAGGAACGUGGAGAGUCCGCUCUAACGUCUGACUCAGAAACCGAAAUGUACACUUCUGUCAUUGUUUCUGAUGAGGAAAGCCAAAACGAAUUGCUCAGAGAAGGUCCUGAAAGUCCUGCUAAGGACGAAGCACAGCGGGAGAUGCACGGCGACAAGGGCACAGCUGGAGGAAAGGUGCUGCGCUCCACAACUGUGUUCCUCUCCGAUGCAGAGGACGAGUACGAAGAUGACGAGGGUGGAGGAGCUCAGAGGGCUAAGAAGAAAAAGCGCAAAGGCGAUUUUGAGCGAGACGAGGUGGAGUCAAAGAAGGAAAGACAGGACCCGGAUGUGGAUCUGGAGUUGGAGGCUCAAGGUGAUCCUCCGAGUGCGCAAUCCGUAGCGAUGGACCAUACUGAGAUUCCCCCCGGUGCUCUGCACUCUGUCCCUUUGUCCAUUUCUCCAUUUUCUACGCAGUUCCUCAGCCCUUAUGUUCUCUCCCUUGCUUCCUCAAUGGCAAGUGAUGGAAGCAAAAUAUCGGUCUUUCCAAACUCCCCAACAAUCUCUCGCUUUCCUGGCUCUUUACUCUCGCAGACUCUCUCCUCCCACAACCAAACCUCUCACUACCUGUCCAACGGAGAUGAUUCCGAAUCUGCGCUGGAUCUCAGCAUAGGGAAAAACAACUCCAAGUAUGCUUCGUCCUCCUCAUCUGUCGACAAAAUAUCAGUACAGAAGGGACAGCUGUUGGAUGGACUUGGCCUGCGGCCCACAUCCAAAGGCAUGGUGGUUGUCCAGGUUAAACCAGAACCCGGGACUGCCAUGCCUUCAUCCAAUAGCCCAAUAAAUCUGGUCAACUGCGGCAACAUGACAAAGUCGAACAUUUAUAUGAGAGCAGAUGACAAGACAAACGCCACUUUUGUGAAAGUGGAGAGAGACCGGGAGAAAGAGACCGAGCUGCAAGAGAGGAAGUCCAAAGGAAAAAGGUACCGGGACAUGCGCCGCUCCAGGACCAUCAUUCAAGCUGAACAGCUUGACAUUCUGUAUGGCUGCUAUUUCAAAGACCCUAAUCCUGGGAAGCAUGAGUUUGAACAGAUCGCUGAGUGGGUUCAUCUCCCAAAAAAGGUCGUUCAGAUCUGGUUCCAGAACAUGAGGGCGAGGGAAAGGAAAGGCGAGGUCCGGUUCAUCAGCGACGGCACUUUGGCUGCCGUUGGAAAACCUCUCAUCAAAUUCACAUGGCCUCUUUCUAAACCCAUAUUCUCAAACAAGACUGCUACAAAUAACGCCGGGGGCAUCCCAGCUACUCCAAUUGUUCGGACACUUAUAAAGACAGAAAAAGAGCCGGAGAAAGAGCUGGCAAAAACGGCCUUGGUGAAGAAAGUGAUCCCAGUUCCCAUCAAGCCCAAGGAGGUAGCUUACCCCACUGCAGGGUCUCCUGUGAGCAGCAGUGUUACUGCAGUGCCAAAGACCAAGCUUGAAGCCAGCAGCAAUGUCAGUAUGUUGAAAGUUUCAUCCAAAGUCCCUACCCCCGUCCUCUAUCCCCCACCCAAGGAACCAGUUCCAAUUGCCCCACGGCCCAUCCAGAAACAAGAAGAGGAAAGUGAAGAAGAAAAAACCGACGAGGAAAAGGAGGAUGACAGUGAAAUGUUGAUCAGACCGGGCAUGGCUAACCGCAUGGUACCAAAGCUGGCCACAACUCCCAUCAACAACAGGCCUCCAGUCUCCACUCUAGUGCCACCAAAACAAAACGGUCUCAACUACUGGACCCCCAAAGUCCCCAUAAAGAUCAACACUCUGUCAAGAGAACAACUGGCGCUUCCAACACACACACCGCCCCGUACCAUCCCCCCUCCUCCCACCCCUAGCAUCGCACCGGUCAGCCCAAACACACCCGGUUCCGCUAAAGCGGGGAGCCCGUCCACACCGAUCAUCGUGAAGUCCAGUCCAACGGAAAGCAGCUUUCUGUCCCACUCUGCCAGCCGCAGGCCACGCACCCACCUGUCCUGCCUUCAGCUGUCCAUCUUGCAGUCAUGCUAUGAAACCUGUGCCCACCCCAAUGCUAUGGAGUGCGAAGCGAUCGGCACAGAGCUCAACUUGCCUCUCAAGGUGGUGCAGAUUUGGUUCCAGAAUACCAGAGCCAAGGAGAAGCGCUGGAGGCUGCAGCAGGAAAAAAUGUACCCCCUGUCAGAUGGGAAGGUGGACACCAGCUCUGGAAGCUACCUUCACUACAGCGCCCUGAAAGCCAAUCGGCCCAUCCUUCCCAAGCCCGUUCAGCUAACGAUCACCGAACCCGCGGCCUCUCCGGUGCCGGGCCAGCCCGCUCCGAAGGAAACCCUGACGGGCCACUGCGAUGCCUGCAAUGUCUCCUUCGAGUCGCGGGCCGCCGCCAGGGCCCACGUCUUCUCCCCACAUCACCUGGCCACUUUGAGAACCACUAACUUUGGCCAGCCCACGGCCCUGGUCAACAAGAACAGCUCACAGGGUUCUCUCUCCACCGCUGUGACCAGCCCAGGAGCUGGUUCCGAAGGGGAGAUCGUCAUCGAGUUGCCACCCUCGACGGCCACCAGCAACAGUUAAAAAGACUCAGAUCAGGCAUGGUCUGCACAUUGACAAUUGUUGGACCCGUUUGGGCUCCUCAGAUUUUAAUAAACACAUUUGAGCACUAAUCCUCUAAAGGUAAUCUUUCGCUACGCCUCCCUCUCACCCACUCCCCACUUUUUCUCCGCUCCUCUUUGCUCGACCGUCACUUGGCCUGACAUCAUGAACUGAGCAGACUCUCUUCCCCAUGCUGCUUGUCACUUUCUCAGCUGAUUUCCUGAUGAGUGUGCGAACCCUCUAAAGGUCUCCUUGACUCUUUCACACCUUACCGCAACAAUUUCUGAUCCUGACCCUGUGGUUAUGUACUGACUAACUUCUUAUAAUUUGUAAAGGCACUCAACUCACGAUGCUUGAGCUGUUCUAUCCUAAAGACUGAUACAAGUGUUUCUACUUUUUGGCAGUGGCCACGGUGAGCCCAUAAACACUUUUUUUGAGGUGACAUGAUAUACUCACAUAAAUAACUGCCUGUUUUUUGUUUUUUCUCCCUGUGGAGUUGUUGUUUUUCCCCCUCAUGCCAACUUUUCACCUCUUCUCGGGCAAAGAUUGCUUAGACAUCACACAACUGGACUGAGCUGUUGGGAGAGGAGGAAAAGCUGGUAAUAGCCAGCUUUUUGGUUGCUACAAGAAUUAUUUGUUUUCUCAUUUGGGAUUUAUGAGGUACUAUAGAGAGAAAGAGAGAGUAGGGCUGCAAACUUGUCCACAAUAACAUGUUCAUAGUUUCAUGACAAUCUAAAGAAAAAAAAAAGACUGAGCUAAAAGGUUUUUAAAAAAGUAGAAUCUGUGGCAUACCGCACUUUGACAUUUUACAUUGUUUGAGAUGUUUUUAAGCAUUCUGAUGCAGGUGUCUUUUUAUGGAAAGAUGCAUUGAUGCAUGUUGGAUGCCUUAAUAUAAAUCACGUGAAAUGGAUUUUUUUUUUUUUUUUUUUUUUUGCUAAUCAAUUGUAAUAUGCUUUGGUUAUGAGCGUAAUAUACAAAAAAAGGACUUGUCAAUGAAGAGCUUUUUUUCCCCCCCAACCUUUUUACACCCAUUCAAGGGGAUCUGUCUCUUUGAAUGUCACAGCUGAUAUUCUUUGAGUUAAGAAAUUCUGCCUGUAAAUCUUUCAGCGUUUUCUUGGCCAAGAACUAUAAUAGUUUUUUAUUUUUGUUUUUUUUUUUUUACAUUAAAUUCUGUUUUGUUUUUUGUCAAUUUUACAUCCUCCUUAAAUGUUUGUGUGUCUCAUUUUUGGAAUGUGACUCUUCAGACUUGCUUGGGAAAUCUAAAUGUUUUACACCUCCUGUUGGUGUGUUGGUAAUAUGGCAGCCUUAAAAGGAAAAACCCAACAGGGGAGCUUUGUAAAUUGAUUUCAACUCUAUUUGGCACCAAGACUCGGACUGAUUUCCCAACUUUUUUCUUUCUUUUUUGUCUUUUUGAAUACUGUAAAAGUUUUUUUUUUUUUUUUUUUUUUUAAAUACUCAUUUUAUUCUCUUGAGUGUUUGUUCAACGAUGGGAAGCAAUUACAACUGGCAAAACAUUUUUAUUUAGGUCAAAAGCCAAUCCAGUCAGAUUGAGAAAGCAGGCCUGUUUCCCCCUCUUUUUUUCCUUUUUUUUGUUGGUUUCAAAGCAGAAAGUGAUCCUGGUCAUGUAUGUGCUGUGAAAUGGGAUGUUAUACUCUUGAAACCCACUAUGAGGGAGACAGUUGGGUGUUAUUGGUAUCAUCUAGUGGUUUAUGGGUACUCAAAUCUAGGAAAUAAAUUAGGAAACAGAAAAUGUAUUCACUGAGAGCUAAUAAGAUGGUGCUGUGUUGAAGGACACAAACUAAAGAUGUUUUCCUUCGGUUUAAGUUGUAUAUUAAUGUUACUAUUAAUAGUUUUAACAAAAAAAAAUGCAAAACUAAAACCUGAACUUUUUUUGUAAAGAAAUAUAUAAAAAAAAACUGAUAUUCCAAAGUAAUCCUCACUUUGCUUUCUGUCAUUCAGAAACCAAAAAGCAAUCUUUAGGUCGACAGAGAGCAGGAGAGGUCCUAAUGCAAACUGUAAAAAAAAAACAAAAAAAAAACAAGGACAUCCCACAGCUUGACACUUGCACUAGUCCACCAUUUUUGCACAAGCUACAGACAUGUGAGACGAACGCAGCCAUCGCCGCAGCGGUGAAACAAAGAGGGGAAUGAUGUCCUUUUAACCAUGAGUAAUAAUUUGUACUUCUGUUGGAAACUAUCUUGUGUGUAAAGCAAGGACUAGUGUGCUCGAACCUCAAGACUGGGAUUACACACACACACACAUAUACUCACACAUAUGCGCGCACACACACACACGGUGUUGCACUGUCCAAACUAGAUGAUGUUUUUAUGGAGAUCUGCUUUAUAUUCCCUUAUGUUUCAUUGUCACUUUUGAUUAUCACUAUUGUUAUAACUGUACUACUACUUAUACAAUUUAUUAUUACUACUCAUCACUGUUUUUUUUUUGUUUUUUUUUGUUUUAUUCUUAUGGAUUCAUAAUGGUUUUUAAUGCCACCGCUCUGCUCAGAAAGAGUAUGGUAUUCCUAUGAAUUUUGAACAAUAAUAGUGGCAGUGUUGUUAUGAAUUGUUAGAUUUUAUGAUUAAGCUUAAUUUUCCUCCUCACUUGUACCUGCCUUUGUGUUUGGUCUCCAUUAUGCUUUCUUUGUUAUACAGAAAAACAAAUAAAACCAGUUGAACAACAA